AUGUCUAUGAGUUCCAGCGAGGUUGACAAAUCGCCACUGAUCAGUGAAUCCCCGCCAGACUCGUUGGCUCUGCAACCAAUUCCCAAAAAAUCUCAACAGAUAAAAACUGAUAAACCAAGACCUCAUAUAUGUUCCGUAUGCACGCGAGCCUUUGCCCGGCUUGAGCACCUCAAACGCCAUGAAAGGUCUCAUACCAAUGAAAAGCCGUUCCAAUGUGCAGCGUGUGGUCGUUGUUUCGCCAGAAGAGACUUGGUGUUGCGGCACCAACAAAAAUUACAUACCAGUCUCUCGGCCACUACUCCCCGUCGAAAUUCUGCCAAGGACCUUGAAUCCAACGAAAACAUAAUAAUACUAGAUAACAACACCAACGCAAAUGCCCCGCUUCCUCCAUCGCUGGCCACAUCUUCUCCAUUCACCAAUCUCGUUGCCAGCCAUAUGUCUCCCAUGCAACCUCAACUAGUAUCACCACCAAAGAUGACUACCAACGACAAGGGACCUCAUUUUCGGACGUCAGUUUUCAAUAGUGGUGCACCAAACUCGUCGAAACAGCAGCAAAUACGCCCCGGAAGUGAUCCUGGUAUGAACUCCCUCGUAGGAAUGAAUCUUAUGCCGUCGCCAAUCCCCACCAACUCGUCGCAAAAUACUCCUCCAAAUGCGUCCAACCUAUACACAGUUGCACAUCAGCAAAAUGGCCACCCACAACAUACAUCUCCACAAAAUGGCGACUCUCCAGUUAACCAAUACUCCUCUCAAAAUGGUAAUUUUCCCACUUCAAAACCGAUGCCAAAACAGUUCAACAAUAUUCAGCGCGGGAACAUGCUGUAUUACCAUCAGCUGAACGACGUUCAUGCUCGUCACGCUUCAUUUUCUGCCGCAUCGUCUACUUCGUAUACCAAUAGACACGACGCGGCAGAAAUACAGCAGAAUAACAACCUCUCUCAAGGUCCGUCUCAUGUCGGUUUUGCAACUCCGCAAUUGUCGGCUGCAGAGCUUUCCUCUAAGGGCUUUUUAAAUGAUGUAAACUCGGCAGGUUUGGAUUGGAACAACAUCGAUACGCUUGAGCUUAGCAAAAGCUACCCCGGUGGCUUCGAUGAAUUGAAAACUAGUAACGGGCUGUACACGAAUAUUCCCGCCUACUUCGACUCAAUGGUUGCGUCACAUCAGUUUCAAGACCCCAACCACCCUCAUCAUAUAAAGGGAACAACGCCGUUUGAAUUCGGAAUGAAUCCACCCAACAAAAUCAACGACGAAGUAGAAAAUCAUCUCAGCAUAAAACAAGAUUUUGACCUAGAUGACACCGGCAUUACAAUCAAAAGACUUAAAAAAUCCCAAGAAUCUUCGACUUCCAUGCCGCAGGAAACUGAUGAGCUCCAAAAUCAAAAUGAUGAUUGGUUAGAAGAAAUAUUGAAAACUCCUUUCGAGAAGAACCUUCCCACUGCUUCACGCCAUAUUGGAUUUACAGACUCCCCAAGGAGUGACGACUCGCUGUAUUUACGUGGAGACGUUUCUGCGCUCUUCAGGUCUCGCCAAGUGGACCUACUGAAACAAAUGGACUCUGAAAAAAAUGGAUCACUUCCUAAGAAUGAGCACGAUAUUGAUUUUGUAUUCUCGAUAAGCGAAGCCAAUCCACAGUACAUCACCGAAGAAUUGAGAAAUCGAAUUAUACUUGUCAGCAACCUCACGGACCUACAAUUUCCACCUCUUCAAGAUUUGAAUAGUUAUUUGAACUUGUACGAGGCUGAAUUCAACAAAUACUUUCCCUUCAUCCAUUUGCCAAGCUUCAAAAACCCUAUGGUUGACAACUUCGAUAACACCCCACUUUUAUUAGCUAUGGGAUCCAUUGGAGCAUUAUACUCAUACCACGAUUCGAAUUCUUUGUUGUUGUUCAACUUGUCAAAGUUUCAUAUCCAAAAGUUUUUUGAAAACGAAAUAGGGCAAGAUAGCUUCCACUUUAAAAAAGUGCCAUUAAUGGCCCAUCAAUGCUUGGUUUUGCAUAUAUUCAUAACACUUUUCUUAAACGAACCCAAUAUGGUCGAAGUCAGCUCAAGACAAAUCCGAGCUAUGGCGGGUUUGAUUCAGUCUACGAACUUCAACAAACCCCUUGAGAGGUUUUUGGUUCCCCCAGAGACUGCUACCCCAGAGAGCAACUCGACUUUGAUUCAGCAAAACUUUGAUUACUUUGUCAUGGCCCAAUCACGUAUUCGUACCUUAUACGUCUUUUACAUGCUUCAGAUGUUCCGCGCAUCGAUCAUGAUGGAUAAAAAAGUUUUACCUGCUCAAGCCAUUGAUUGUGGAACACAUUGUUGUCCAGAAAAUUUAUGGAACUGCCAAAAUUCAAGUCGAUGGCUUGAUGCCAUUCAUGGGAACAAUAAAUCAAUAGUCGAGUUGAGCAAUGGCGAGCUGUUCAAAGUAUUGAUUAAGGAAUUGAACGACCAUUACAGUGACAGCAAAAUUCCUUUCAAUAGUCUUUUGUCAUUGAUCAUGUAUGUCCAUGAGGUUAUUGAAGAGGAGCAGUCUAAGCAAGGAACAGUCGAUGAUACAAAAUGGCGAUUGUCAUCGAGACCCAAACUCGAAUCGCUCAUCAGAUCGUGGGAAGCACUUUUCAUAAAAAAUGGUGGCAUCUUAUCUGUUAACAAGCAUAACAACCACAUGCUUCACGCACAGAGCUCGUUCAAAUUGAUAUUGCCAUUACAUGGGUAUGCCAAGAUGAGACUUUGUUUCAAUUUUAGACCCAUAAUGGAAAAGGUGAUUGCAAAAGAAUGGGCAGGGUUCAAUGUCAUCCUCGAUCGUGACGACUAUGAUAUUGACAGCUUGAAAGAAUGUACUGAGUAUGCAUUGGAUACCCUUCGGAUAUGGACGCAGAACAUUUCCGUGGUUAACGAUGCGAAGAGGACAUCUUUAAGGACUCCAGUAUUUUUCGUUACAUGUGCAUUCUUUGCUAUAAUUUUCGUUUCUCAGUACGUGCUGAAGCUCGAACUUGAAUCAAGGGCCGCUAACGUACGGGCCCGUGAUCAGGUUUUGUGGAUUCUGUGUGAGUCACUUUUAAACGAAGUUGAACAAGUAUUAGCACCAAUCAGAGACGAUGCCUUCUAUGCCGAAUUCAUCAGAGAGCAUUCGGUCGAUGCAUCAAAGGUUUUACCGGUGCGUAAGUUGGUGGAACAAGGCUCGGACUCGGAAACAAUCUUGGCAUCAAUCAGAGCCACCAAGCUCUCUUUGAGAUCGUUGGCACUUGGUGUUCGAAUACUCGCGGAUGCCCCUGUAUGGCCCAUGGCAGUGACGUUAGCCGAAGCCCUCAAAAACCGUAUAUCCCAUCUCUCAAGGACCAAAUAA